UGGAAAAAUUGCAUUUAACCUCACUAACAUGAAGGCAAAUGACUCUGGGGUAUAUGUAUGUAAAAUAAAAGUGUUCAUCCCAGUGCUGGAACAGUGUGACGGAAACGGAACCAUCCUGUCUGUUGAUGUCUUGGUGGCAAAAACAACUUUGAUUCCUCAAUCUGUCCUGAUUGCUGCAGUGUGUGGUGCUACCCUGAUCAUUUUCUUGGUUGCGCUGUGUGGAAGUCUGUGGAAGUCUGUCCGACACAGAAGGUUGGAUGAACAUACCCACACAAACACCUCAGAAGCAGGGUAUAUGGACAAACGUAAAAGGCCAGAUAAUCAAACUGAAGAUGAUGAAAAAAAGGACAUAAAGGAAGUGAAGGACAAAGUCAAUAUCACAGAGAGUGAGACAUGUGCUGAUGAUCUUGGGACGCUGUUUCAAGUAAGCAAGGAGGACAUUGUUGAAGCUCGGAAGAAGCUUAAAGUAAAGCGAGCUGGCUUUUUCACAGGUGGUGGAAAACCUGACACAAGUGGAAAUGCACAUUUGAAGAGAAAGAGCUUUCAUUUGUAUAUUAACAGUCGAGAACUGAAAAAGCAGUCUGAGAGGACCCCACAUGUUGGUCCAACUCAGGCAAAAUAUAAUUGCACACCCCAGAAGAAACGUUGAUGGACAAGAUGGAAGCAGCUAACAGAAG